AGCAUUUGCUCUCCGAUUGUAGGGUUCUAAAUACUGUAGGGUUUUGCAAUGACACUCUUUGUUUUUGCAGAAGCCGAAACCGUGUCUUCGGUGGUUUCAGAAAGAGAGAGAGAGCAAGAAUAGAUGCAGAAGCUUAUAAAGAGAGAGAAUUUUUGCGUAGGGAGAGAGAGAGAGGGUUUUCCAUACAAAAUCUGAAGACCUCUCUCGACCCAAUUUCAGAGACCUCUUACAUGGCUAACACUUUGAUCACUGCAUCAGAAUCCAAUACACAGGCAGAUGGGUUUUUGGAUUCUCCGGCUCCUUCCUCAAACGGAUCUCUGUUCCACAGACGAAUUGAGUUCCAUCUAGCUAGGAAGCCAUUCACUGGGUUUAGUAAUGGCGGCGGAGAUUUUCGGUUGGAGACUCUGAACCCAAACUCCGAACCCCAGAGACCUGGGCAAAACCAGGAUGGUGAUCCAUUGGCAUUGGCAGGGAAGAAAUCAGAUGGGUUUGAGUUUUCUGAAACUGGGUUGGAUCCCGAACUCAGUUUCCGGAUUACUUUCAGGAGAAUUGGUGCUGGUUUGGAAAAUCUUGGCAAUACUUGUUUUCUCAAUUCAGUACUACAAUGUCUUACUUACACAGAACCUUUAGCCGCAUAUCUACAAAGCGGGAAGCAUCAAAUUUCUUGUCGCACUGCUGGGUUUUGUGCCUUAUGUGCCAUCCAGAAACAUGUUAGCCGUGCCCUACAAGCAACUGGGAGAAUCCUAGCACCUAAGGACCUUGUUUCCAACUUGCGGUGCGUAUCCAGGAACUUCCGAAAUGCUAGACAAGAGGAUGCUCAUGAGUAUAUGGUAAAUUUGCUGGAGUCGAUGCACAAAUGUUCCUUGCCUUCAGGAGUGCCAAGCGAAUCACCAGGUGCUUACAAGAAAAGUCUGGUGCACAAGAUCUUUGGUGGUAGACUCUGUAGUCAGGUGAAAUGCAUGCAAUGUUCCUUCUGCUCCAACAAGUUCGAUCCAUUUUUAGAUUUAAGCCUUGAAAUUGCCAAGGCGGAUUCAUUGUAUAAGGCACUUGCACACUUCACCGCCAAAGAGCAGUUAGAUGGAGGGGAGAGGCAGUACCAGUGCCAGAAGUGCAAGCAGAAAGUGAAGGCAAUCAAACAGCUUACAGUUUACGAGGCACCUUAUGUUCUUGCUUUCCACCUAAAGCGGUUUGGUUCAUAUGUAUCUGGACAGAAGAUCGACAAGAAAGUUGAGUUUGGUCCCACAUUUGACCUAAAACCUUUUGUCACUGGUCCUUAUGAUGGAGAUCUUAAGUACACUCUUUAUGGUGUUUUGGUUCAUGCUGGUUGGAGUACCCACUCUGGUCACUAUUACUGCUUUGUUCGCACAUCAAGUGGCAUGUGGUACUACCUUGAUGACAAUAAGGUUGUCCAAGUUAAUGAGAGGAAGGUUUUGGAGCAGAAGGCCUACAUGUUGUUCUAUUUCCGAGAUAGGAAAAAUUUUGCUCCAAAGAAGCCUGUCAAUAUUGUCCAAAAAGAUAACUUGCCCAUGAAUGCCAUUGGAAAUAAAGCACAUUCAAGUUCGAGCAAGAAUUUGAAGGAAAUGAUUCAUAACAUUCCAAUUGAGAAAAAGUUAAAUGGUGCAGUUUCUUCUGCUUCUGUAGACCAAAGGGGUGCACUAAAUGCAUGUGCAGCAAAAGUGACCAUGGAGAAAGAAGCAUCUGUUCAAAAAAUUAAUGGCCCGAUGAUGACAGAAUGCAACAAGGACACUUCAUUAGAAUCUUCAACUAAUCUGCUACCAUUGAAGGAUCCAGAGAAGGAGCUUCCUGUUUUGAACCUGAGUGGUGGAGAUUGCUUGCCAACAUCAGCUCCAUCUGUUAGGGGCUAUAGAGAGACACUUAAACUUGAUAAAGCAAUGAUCACAACAACUGCUGGUGAAGUUAGUGACAGCAAUCAUGACAGAAGUACAAAGAAAGAUCUGAAUAAUUCUGUUGCCUCACCACCCAACUACAGUGGCCACCAUAACCCUUAUACCAAGAGAGAUUUGACGGACUCAGUUGCCAUGCCUCCCAACAGCAAUGAAGACAGAAGUACCAAGAAAGAUCUAAGUGGCUCGGUUGCUAUACCAAGUAACUGCAAUGGCACAUAUUUAUCUGCUGGAGAUAUCUGUAUCACAGAGGAGACCCAGUCUCAGAAGAGUGAUAAUAAUGCUUCAUUGCGGGAUCCUAGUAAGAAAAAUUUCCUUGUGAGGUCACUAAAUUUGACAGGCAAUGAAGAUAGUCGGACUGGAGGAGGUUUUCCUAAGCAGAGUGCUGUCAGCGGUCCCCGAAGUGAAAAGGAUGGUGAUAUUGGUCAGAGAAUGGUGGAUACUAGAGCUGUAGAAUUGUCAAGCUUACUAACCACAACAGCUAUCUCGUUACUCAGGAAAGCUGUUGACAGCAAUCCCCCCAAAAAAAUAAAAAAGAAGCUCCUCAAGUGCCAGAUUAAGAGCGUGCAUCUUGGCUCAAACAUCCUUUUUGGUGCAUCCUUGAGCCUACGGAAGAAAAACAGCCAUAAACGAAGCAAACGGCGUCAUUUAAAGGUCAAGAAUCUCACUCAGAAUCACUUUUUGGAUGUAAAUUGUUUCCCAGCAGAUCUUGGCCCAUCUACGUCUGAGAAAGCCAGGACAAUAUGCCUUGCUGGCUCAACUCCCCCUCGAAGAAAAAAGAUGAAAUCCAGAUCAAAUAUGAGAGAUGAUGGUGCUGUUGUAAAGAAUGACGCAAACUGUUAUGGUGAUAUAUCAAUGAGUCUCGUUGAUGAAGAAUUUAGAAAGACAGUUGGUCAUUGUGGCAAUAUGCUUGCAACUGAUGAGCAACCUAAAAAAUAUUCAAGCUCUGCUUCAGUUGGAAUCCAGUGGGACGCCAGAGGAACUAAUGGAUCAAACGACAGCAGAAGAGAUACGACGCAGAAUGCUUUUACGAGUAUGCUUACCAGAGGAGUAGAGGAGACAGUUGUUGCCCGUUGGGAUGGGAUUGAAUUGCCUCGACAUCAGAUUACAGGAUCAAGUAAUCCCAAGAAUGCCAGUAUUGGUUACGUUGCAGAUGAAUGGGAUGAAGAGUAUGACCGAGGAAAGAGGAAGAAGAUAAGGAGCUCCAAGAAUGACUUUAGUGGGCCAAAUCUAUUCCAAGAAAUUGCAAGUAAGAAGGCAAAAUUAAAUAAAGCAAAGAUGGAUCAGUCGAGCUCUGGAAACAGACCAUUCAGGAUAUGAUAGGAAUAUCACGGAGAUAGCCAGGAUUGUUGGCCAAGUGUUAUAUUUUUGUAGCAAUUAUUAUUGUCGUGCUAAGCUGAGCUGAGAUUGUAUCAAGGGCUUGCUUUAGAAGCAAUCAGACUUUGAGGAUUUUUCUUUCGCAAUAUAUUUUCUUGGUUUUAUUUAUUUGGGGAUCCAUUGAUUUUGUUCGAAAACUGUAUAAGCUGUGAGAGCUUUGUUGUUUGAUUAAUGUAUUGUGCUCUACUACUUAAUGAAAUGAGACUUGUUUUUCUUUCUUUA